AUGAAUUGGUUUCAGAGGCUUGCUUUUGAUGAUUAUCUGCUGUUUAGAAUUAUCUCUGCCUUGAUUGGUGUUGAUCGGAGGAGCCUAGCUGUGGUUGACGGAAGAAAUCUUGCUUUGUACGAGGACAGUCAUGCUUUGACGGUGUUGGAUGUUGCUCUAACAAGGCCAGCUAAUACGACAUCGUUCGGAGAAAAAACUCUAGCAGAUGAUUACGGCGUGAAUCGAGCGGAAGAGUGGUUUUUCUUUACAUCAAGGGAUAGAGAACAUGAAAAUGAGAAAAUACAGAAUGGAGUUACAGUCGAUGGAUAUUGGCAAGUAAUAGGGGAAGAUGAUGAAAUCAUCAAACAAAACAAUGAAACUCUUGGAUUUCGAAAGAUUCUUGAAUUCUACAAGGGAAACCCACCAAACGGUGACAAUACUUCUUGGAUUAUGCACGAAAUUAAAGUAAACGACCAACACACUGUAGCUGCAGAUGAUACAAAGUUGGACGAUUGGAUUGUGUGUAGAAUAUAUCGCAAGGAUAACAGAUGGAAGGAUGAGACAUGGUCGUGA